AUGAACCUGUACACAGAUCAUGAAGCAAAGCUGGAGACCACGACCACUGAUGAAUUGACGACACCUGGUGAAUCGACCACACCUGAUGAAUCGACAACACCUGAUGAAUUGACGACACCCGAUGAAUUGACGACGCCCGAUGAAUUGACAACACCUGAUGACUUGACGACACCCGAUGAAUUGACAACACCUGAUGACUUGACGACACUUCAUGAAUCGACGACACCUGAUGAAUUGACAACACCUGGUGACUUGACGACACCCGAUGAAUUGACGACACCCGAUGAAUUGACGACACCUGAUGAAUUGACGACACCUGGUGAAUCGACCACACCUGAUGAAUCGACGACACCUGAUGAAUUGACGACACCUGAUGAAUUGACGACACCUGGUGAAUCGACCACACCUGAUGAAUCGACGACACCCGAUGAAUUGACGACACCUGAUGAAUCGACCACACCUGAUGAAUCGACAACACCUGGUGAAUUGAUGACACCUGAUGAAUUGACGACACCUGAUGAAUCGACCACACCUGAUGAAUCGACAUCACCUGAUGAAUUGACGACACCUGAUGAAUUGACGACACCUGGUGAAUCGACCACACCUGAUGAAUCGACGACACCUGGUGAAUUGAUGACACCUGAUGAAUUGACGACACCUGAUGAAUCGACAACACCUGGUGAAUUGAUGACACCUGAUGAAUUGACGACACCUGAUGAAUCGACCACACCUGAUGAAUCGACAUCACCUGAUGAAUUGACGACACCUGGUGAAUCGACCACACCUGGUGAAUCGACCACACCUGAUGAAUCGACCACACCUGAUGAAUCGACAUCACCUGAUGAAUUGACGACACCUGGUGAAUCGACCACACCUGGUGAAUCGACCACACCUGAUGAAUCGACAUCACCUGAUGAAUUGACGACACCUGGUGAAUCGACCACACCUGAUGAAUCGACAUCACCUGAUGAAUUGACGACCACUGAUGAAUUGACGACACCUGAUGAAUCGACCACACCUGAUGAAUCGACAACACCUGGUGAAUUGAUGACACCUGAUGAAUUGACGACACCUGAUGAAUCGACAACACCUGGUGAAUUGAUGACACCUGAUGAAUUGACGACCACUGAUGAAUUGACGACACCUGGUGAAUCGACCACACCUGAUGAAUCGACGACACCCGAUGAAUUGACGACACCUGAUGAAUCGACCACACCUGAUGAAUCGACAACACCUGGUGAAUUGAUGACACCUGAUGAAUUGACGACACCUGAUGAAUCGACCACACCUGAUGAAUCGACAUCACCUGACGAAUUAACGACAUCCGAUGAAUCGACGACACCUGAUGAAUUGACGACACCCGAUGAAUUGACGACACCCGAUGAAUUGACAACACCUGAUGAAUCGACAACAACUGAUGACUUGACCACACAUCUUAAGUUUACACAAGCGGAAACAGUAUCAUCUCGUACUGGUGUGCAGAAAUGGCUUUUGGAAAUGACAAACGAAGAAACUGUAUGCCUUUCAAUGACUACCCCCAUAGUCGUGUAUUUCAUCUGUUUGUGUAUGGCUCUUCUUCUUCGUACUAUUUGCCUUUUAAGUGGGACUAAAAAGGAACCACCGGUGAUGCUGGAGCGGCCCAAGCGGAUGUAUGAACUGGUCAAUUUCUGAUCUGAUGACAACGAGAACACUCUGACGAGAUGACAGAGAAUUUAGAGUACAAGAACAAUAAGAAAGAGAGACAAAAGGGAUAAAAAAAAUUAUGGUUUUCAAAUUGUGUUCAGAUUUGCAUACAUACGUCAAAUCAUAAAUUAAGGGUAUGAUGCUUCUUCCAAAACUAUGGAAGAGAGCAAUUCAAAUACCACGGACUAUAUUCAUAAUUUAAUAAUCUCCUUGCAAAUCGUCAAUAAAGGCCAUCAUAUUCCACUGCUACAUUUUUUAAUCAAACUCUUGGUUAUAAAUGCAAAUUUGACUGAAAUCAUGUUAAGUUUAAUACGGUGGCAAUCUCUUCGACCUUUACAAGGCUUUGGUGUUAUUCCACACAGCUUUAUGCUUGCAAACCUUGAAUAUUUUAUGGAAAAAAAUAUAAAUAUUAGGAAUCAUGCUGAACAGACAGGGUAAUAUUUCUAAAGUUAGUCGUUACUAUAGGCGGUGCUGCACCAUCCCGAGUUUGCUCAAUCUCGAGAUUUUAGCCCGAUCAGCCCUCUUCGCGAUUAAUCUCGAGAUUCAAGAAACCCCGUCUGCACCAUCCCACGAAGAGCGAUUCCUGCUCGAGCGAGGCAACAAGCCCGAUAUUACGAGCAUGCGCACUUUCGGAUCUUGGAGUUUCAACGGCCCGCGCUUUUGAAUAACUUCCCGCGAUAUGCAAGCAAUGUACUCCUUUCACUAGCACUUUCGCCGAAUUCAACCGGUGUUAUGCAACAAUCCUCUCAGCUCAGCGAGUGAAGAAGUGAUGUAUUCUUCGUUAAAUAUGAUGGCGGAGUAGGAGGCAACGACAGAGAGAGAGAGAGGGAGAGAAGGAGGAAAGAAAUGCUAUUUGCUCACAUUUUGCGAAGGAAUAAGACAACACUGCUGUCAGUGUUGUUAUUGAAUAUGCCCAUCGUCGAUGAGCGCCUCCCCCUUCGGUCUGGUCUCUCCCAAAAUCCAUUCACUGGUGGGACACCAUCGUUGCUUAUGAACGCUAUUCGCAUGUAUAAAGUUGACUUUCGCACGUGUUUAUGUUUUGACCAAGGCGGAAGUGGAACGCGAAUUGCAUUAUGGACUGACGUCAUGAAUAAAUUACCCCGAGUCCAAUCUCGAGUGCGUCUGCACCGACGAAUUAGCGGGAUAAUUCGUAAAAUAGCGCGCUAUUUUGCAAAUAAACCCGAGUUGACUUGGGAUUGCAAUCUCGAGAUUAAUCCUACGAACUAGCGCGAUAAUUGCGUCUGCACCGCCAACUAUCUCGAGAUUUUUCAGAUCGGGAUAAUUUGCCGGAUCAGAAAUAGCGCGCUAAUUUGAAAACUCGGGAUGGUGCAGACGGCCCUUAUAAGAUUUUUCAGCGACCCCGGGGACGGCGGACGUGCCCCCCCCCCCCCCCCCCGCCGCCGCCUCGAUUUUUUCUUCCUUUUGCACAGGAGCCUUUAGGAAAUGUCGUUCCUCCAUGGACCAAAAGUCUCACGAAAUCGCCGCCUAUGGCUUCGGGAAAUUACGGUUUGAAGAUAAAAUAAGACGUCCCUCAUUGGUCCAUAGUAGGUCCGUUGAUAUGUACUUUUUUAAAUGAUGGCGUUUGUCAUUUAAAUUUGCAAUUUAUUUCUGAAAAAUAUACUUUUAUUUGCUCUUUGGGUAAGCCAUUUUGUAAUCACCGAGAACAAUAAAGAAGGUUAGGUACAUCAGGCAGGUAGAUUUUAUUACACUGUAAAAUGCAGUUGGGCAUAAAUAAUGUGUUUUAGCAAUAUUUAAAGGCAAUGGUCAUGUCAUUUGGUCUUAAAAAAAAACUGAUGGGAUGAUAUUUUGUUUGCUAAUAUAAUAAUGAAACGUACUUUAAGGAAAAAAUUCUUGGAUUUUAUACUCAACAGUCGGUUUGACUUGGUGUCGAUAUCUUCCUAAGAUAUUGUUUGUAUUCUAGGUUGAAUAUAGAGGACUAAACAUUUCAUGCCAUUUAGUAUUGGAAAGAAGCUCUAUUUUGCUUUAGGAUUUUACAUUUAUUGAUUAAUGUGGUAAACCUUGGGAAAGAUGUGCAAGUAUUCAUAUGAAUAUAUGAGAUCUUAAUAUUCUGGCUUUAACACUACAUUUUAUAGAUAAUGCAAUGCCUUAAAGCUUGAUGCAAUCGCCAAUAUUAUUAUCCAUGUUUCAUAUUUUAUCACACUCUAAAAAAUAUUGUGUAAAAAUGCUCAAUGAGGGUAAUUAUGUGUCCAAUCAACAUUGGGCAUUUCUUUUGGGCAUUUUUAUUUGUCCAGUGUGAUGAAAUAUUUACCCAUUCUAAAGUAAUUGCUGCUUACUGGACAAUAUGCUUCCCGCAUUUGGGUAAAAACUGCCCCAAAUUGGUUGGACAUAAUUACCCUCGUGCUGGUUAUAAUUUUACCCAAUAUAUUUUUAGAGUGCACUCACCCAAUCCCCCAUCAUGCCCAUUGUUUGUUGUUGAUUCAUAAUUUUACCUGGAAUGUAUUUGGGUUUUUAAAUCUUUAUAUAUAUAGAAUGAUGGUUGUUCAAUUAUUAUUGCACGGCGCAUUUGUAAUAAGUUCUAGAAACUGAACAGGUCAACCUUGUAAUAAAACAAAAUAAAUGAAUGACUGGAUAUUACACGAGGUUAUAAA